GAAAUAAUAAGUCAAAUGAAACUCCCAGUCUCCCAGUACAUUUGGCCCGCUGAUCGUUGUCUUUCAUUUCUUUUCGUUCGUUUCAGUCCGAGGUUACCUAAUGUUCGGACGCGAAGUAAACAAGAGAACAUGUCGCUUGCCUCAAAAGUAACUCUUGGAGCUUCAUGUGUGGCUACAGCUGCCAUUGUAGGUUAUGUUCACAUAAAACAGAAUAUUGAUAGAGAGAAGCUCCAUGAAGGUGUCAUAAAAGACGUUGAAAGGCAACAGCGAAGAAAAGCAGAGAAUUUGUACGUGUUGCAACAACAAUCAGAUCUCACAAAACAAUUGAGAAGAGAGCAAAUGGAAGCAGAAAAACAAGGUUCAAGUACUUGAUACUACUUUUAUUUAACCAUGUUGUGUGUACAUAGUUUAAUAGAUAAUAAAUUUUAAUAA